UAAUUAUCUCCUCCAAUAAUACAAAUUAACUAAAAAAAAUAGACACUUACCAGACAAAGCAGACCCCAAAGAAAAAGGAGAGAGACACUUCACCUCCAUCUUCUUCAUCUUCUUCUUCUUCCUCUCUCUCCAAUAACAAUCAGAUAAUGGGUUCAACAGGAAACCCUAAUCCAUGGGGUACAUACGAUUCAUACAGAGACUGUUCUCAAGGAGUAUGUAGUGUCUAUUGCCCUCAAUGGUGUUACGUCAUCUUCCCUCCUCCUCCUUCCUUCUACCUCGACGACGAAGACGACUCUUCCUCCUCUGAUUUCUCUCCUCUCCUCAUCGCUCUUAUCGGAAUCCUCGCUAGUGCCUUCAUCCUCGUCAGCUACUACACUCUCAUCUCCAAAUACUGCCACCGCCGUCGCCACAACUCCUCCUCCUCCACCUCCGCCGCAGCUAUAAACCGAGAUCACGGAAUCUCAUCAGAUUACACCUGGCAAGAAGCUACGAAUCCGAAUCCGACGAUUGGUGUUGGUGAUGGACUCGAUGAAUCUCUGAUUAAAUCGAUAACUGUUUACAAAUACAGAAAGAUGGAUGGAUUUGUUGAAUCAUCAGAUUGUUCUGUUUGUUUAAGUGAGUUUCAAGAGAACGAGAGCUUGAGAUUGUUACCUAAAUGCAACCACGCGUUUCAUGUUCCUUGUAUUGAUACUUGGUUGAAAUCUCACUCUAAUUGUCCUCUCUGCCGUGCUUUCAUCGCCGGAGUUAACGUCACUUCCUCCGCCGUUGAGAUCGUCGAUGUAACCAAUCAACCGAUCGCUACGGAGAACAACUCGAUUUCGACCGGAGAUGAUUCCGUCGUUAUCAACUUAGAUCUGGAAAAUUCCAGAUCUAUGAAUGAGUCGGUUAAUGGAGGAUCGACGCCGAAACCACCGGAGAUGCAGGAGUUAAGAGACGGAGAAGAGGAGGUGACUCGGAGAUCGGCGACGUUAAACUCAGGCGCCGCUGUGGUAUCGAUCGCUGAUAUACUAAGGGAGAUUGAAGACGAAGAAGAAUCAGCAGGUGUAGGAACUUCUCGCUGGGUAGAAGAAGGGGAAGGAGAGAAGACGCCGCCGCCUUCAGGAUCGGCGGCGAGUCAAACAAACGGGAUUUCGAAUUUUCUGGUUCGGAGUUCAAUGGCGGCGAUGAAGAGAUCUAGUUACGAGAGGGCAAAAAAUUACCGUUUACCGAAAUAAGUUAUUAAAAAAAAAGGUAAUAU